AUGACAAACCGUGCAGUAUAUAGUGCAGGACUGCUCUUGCUCAGGCUGGUGCAGAUUUUCCAGACCAUUUCCCGUCGUCCGGACAAGAUGCGAGCUUCUCUGAGCAAGCGCCUUUCUCAAUUCCUCUUCCUCGCUGCGACUUCAUCUUCUUCUUCACCGGGAGCCCUAUCGAAAUCCCUUACGACACUAAUACAGCCAUUUCAUUCUCAGUAUCACUCGCUAACGAGCUCGCCCGACGCUUCCUCUCAUUCUGAAGGCGUCCUCCGCUCGCCAUGGUUUGCGGUUCAACGCCGCGGCGCCAAAGUUCUCGGUUCCGAUGUCAGACUUGGAAAUGUGAUUCAAAGAAAAGGACGUAUAUACCAGGUCCUAAAAGCACAACAUACUCAGCAUGGAAGAGGAGGAGCAUCAAUACAGGUAGAGCUCCGUGAUGUUGAUAGUGGAAACAAAACUACUGAAAGGUUUCGAACAGACGAGUCUAUUGAAAGAGUAUUUGUUGAAGAGAAGCAUUACACAUAUUUGUAUACAGAUAAGAACUCAAUAGUGUUAAUGGAGCCAGGUACAUUUGAGCAAAUUGAAGUGUCUAAAGACUUGUUUGGCAAAGCUGCUGCUUAUCUAAAAGAGGAUAUGAAGGUGUCUGUACAAUUGUUUGAUGGAAGAGCUAUGUCUGCAUCAGUUCCAAAACGUGUAACAUGCACUGUUACGAAAGCUCAAGUUAUUGCGAAGGGUGCUACUAUCACACCUCAGUAUAAAAAAGUUUUACUGGACAAUGGGCUCACUGUUCCUGUGCCAUCGUUCAUUCUAACUGGUGACCGGAUAGUUAUCGAUACUACAGAUGAUUCUUAUAUCACCAGGGCCAAGGAAUGAUAUUUUAGGCUGCAGUGGUUUGAAAAUUACCCGAAGUUGUUGAGACUGCCGUUUUGCAUAGCAUGAUAUACCUCACAUAGUACUCAGAAUGCUGUUUUUAGUCGAUUCACAAGGCCCGGCAUGGAAGAUUAUAUUGAUUCUUCCUCUAUUUUAUGCUUGAGUUACCAUUCUUGCUUAUGGAUGGAUCCUAUUGCUGAGGGGAAUUUGAUUUUUGAAAGUGGUUUUAAAGUUUAUGGAGUCAUAUGAUGGUCAUUUAGGAGAAA